UGCAACACACGCAGGGAGACGUGGAGGCAGCUCCGCUGGCAUCGCUGCUGCUGCUGCAGGCACAGACCCUCCAUUGUCAGCCCUGGGGGGGCCCGGCCCUGCAUGGGGGCGCGGGGACAGGCCCAGCAGCACCGGGGCUGGGUGUAGGGGCUGUCCCCUGCAGGGGGGCACAGGGGGGGUGUCACCUGGAGGGCGGGCAUCCUGCGCUGCCCGGGGCUCAGGUGGGGAGCGGGGGGAGCUGCCCCGUGAGCCUCCCGGAGCAGGGGGGAGAUGAGCGCCCAGGAUGAGCAGUUCCCAGGGGCAGCAGCCCCUGAGCCGGCGGCUCCCUCCGCCGAUGAUGGCAUGACCUGGUGGUACAGGUGGCUCUGCAGGAUUGCCGGGGUCAUCGGGGGCAUGUCCUGUGCCAUCGCUGGUCUCUGGAACUGUGUCACCAUCAACCCCCUGAACAUCGCAGCUGGCGUGUGGAUGAUGCUCAACGCCUUUGUCCUGUUCCUGUGUGAAGCCCCUUUCUGCUGCCAGUUCAUCGAGUUCGCCAACGCCGUCUCCGCCAGGGCGGACAAGCUGCGGGCCUGGCAGAAAGCGGCUUUUUACUGCGGGAUGGCCGUGUUCCCCGUCAUGCUCAGCCUGACGCUGACCACGCUCUUCGGAAACGCCAUCGCCUUCGCCACCGGGGUCCUUUACGGUCUGUCGGCGCUGGGCAAGAAGGGAGAUGCCAUUUCCUACGCUCGGAUCCACCAGCAGCAGAAGCAAAUGGAUGAAGAGAAGCUCACGGGGACCCUGGAGGGACAGGCUCUCUGAGGCACACAGGGUAACCUCUCCUGGACACUGAGAUGGUGAAGAUAUGGAAAUCCACUCUGCCCUUCCCUGUGCCUGCUCCCCUCUCUGCUACACUGCGAUUUCCCUGGACACUGCAGCACCUGGAAGUCUCAGGGGCUGGGGCAGGCUGGGCCCUCUUCUCACACCAGCAGCCAGACCUCAGCGUGUUGGUCCCUCUCUCCUCCUCAAUCCUCAACCAAAUAUCUCACAGUCCCUUAAUUUUUUAAUAUUUUUUUCUUUUUGCUGCAGAGGUGCUGGCUCUCUGAGUGCUGCUUUCCCAGCCUGAACAGGCAGCCUUUUUUGGGGGUGCCCCUUUGGGAACUGCUCUCUGGAUGGGUGAGGAGGGACAGAGGUGACCUGCCAGCUCCUUGCCUGCACUGGGCUUGUGGGAAAGGACUUCCAGAAAAAAAACCCAUAAAGACAGUAACCAUCUCUGCAGAGGAGCUGCCAGAGGUACAGGGGCAGAUCCUGGGACCUACAAAGCACAGUCCCUGCUUCCUCUGGAUACAGCUGCAGGCAGUUACUGCAAUUUACUUGAAUUAUAAGAAUUAAUUUCUUUGUCUUAAUAAGGGCACUUUUCUUAAGCUUCACUCUUUUACUGGGGCAGAAGGGAAACAAUGUUUGCUGUACCUCAGCUGGAAAAGGGUAUUAUUGCUUAAGCCAAGUGGAAUUUUUUGCUGGUGUGAGCACCCUUCUCUUGUGAGCCUGGGACCCAUCCCUCUGUGGAAGGGACCUGCUCUUUGCUUGCCUGGUACAGCCUUUGUCUUUGGGCUCAUGGUGGUUUUGCAUCAAUCCUGAGCUGGGUUUGCAUGGAAGGCUUGAAUAUCCCUCCUGUGCAAACAGAGAGGAGGCUGCACCAUUUCAUUGUGGACAGCUGGGGUGUCUUGCUUCAUUAUUCCAGGCUUUAUCAAUGGUUUUCAUGUUGUAUUUUCUGUUUGCUUUGUACCAGGCAGCACAGAACUGUUCCAGAUCCCCCUCUUCUCAUCACGGUUUCUUCUGGGGGUUUUAAUUUAUUUGAUUUUUACAUGGUUGCUUUUUGAUUAGGAAAAAGGGGAAUAAUUUAUUUCUAGUAAUUUAAGUAUUUUGAUGGGACUCAUUUUCUCUGGGUAUAGGAGAAAGGAGUGCUCUGUUUCCUGUCCUUCAAAGGGCUGCUUCUUUCACCAGGGGUCUCUGAACCCAGGGACAGCCCUGGCUGCUGUAAUGGGAAUGCUGCAAAAUCCAAUUUCAGCCUUCAGAGCAUUACUUAGACUUUUGAAAAGUGUGUUGUCCUUUGACCCCUUUGUCUUAUUCUGGGUCGCUGGCUUGACAAAGUGUGUUUUCCCCCUCUUCUGGGAGAGGGAAGGAAGGAAAACUGGGCUGUAACUGCUGUAGUGGAGCUGCCACAACCCUUUGUGUCCCCAGCUGAAUCCCUGGGGAGCAGAGGGGUUGUGCUGUGGCCUGAGAAAGGCUGGAGGCUGAGUGCUGUCUGUCCUGCAGGGAUGGGUGCUGCGGGAGGAAUGCACCACAUCCAGUGGGAUGCUCCA